UGUGUUGAUGCACUGUUGGAUGAAUCACGAGAAGAGGGUCAUGCGAAUAAUGCGUUUGCUCUUGUUCGACCACCAGGUCAUCAUGCCACCCCAUCGCAAGCGGCCGGUUUUUGUAUCUUCAACAAUGUGGCAAUAGCAGCGAAAUACGCCAUGGACAAAUAUGGUUUACAAAGAGUUUUAAUCGUAGACUGGGAUGUACAUCAUGGUAACGGAAUUCAGGACGCCUUCUAUUAUGUAAGUUUUGUGGAAAUGGUUUUACUUAACUAA